ACUGUGCAGCCAGCAGAUCUGACAGCUGAAAGGACACGUGUGCGGAGUAGUGACACUGAAGGCAGGAGAAGAAGCUACUUUCCCAGAGCGGUCACAGAAAUGGAUAUCCAAAGGACCGGCUCCCUGGCUGUUUCUCCAGACACGAUGUCGAGUCUGGAGAAACAGCUUAGCUGUCCAAUCUGUCUAGAUAUGUUCACCAAGCCUGUGGUGAUCCUUCCCUGUCAGCAUAACCUGUGCCGUGGAUGUGCUAGUGACCUGUACGACUCUCGAAACCCGUACCGAUUUUCUGGUGGUGUCUUCAGGUGCCCCACUUGCCGGUUCGAGGUGGUUCUUGAUCGCCAUGGUGUACAUGGACUUCAGAGAAACCUUCUGGUGGAAAACAUUAUCGAUAUAUACAAACAGCAGCAAGAAGGUGGAGGUGGAACCUCGGAGCCUCCUUUAAAGCCUAAGACAUCUGAGCCGAUGUGCGAGGAACAUGAGGACGAGAAGGUUAACAUUUACUGUGUGACCCACCAGGUGCCCACCUGCUCAAUGUGCAAAGUGUUCGGUCAGCACAAGGACUGUGAAGUGUCACCUCUUGCUAGCGUUUACCAGGCCCAGAAGGGUGAGCUAAGUAACGCCAUCGACGCCUUGGUUGCAGGCAACGGGCGGCUGCAGGCCCUGCUGAAUCAGAUGGAGGAGGCCUGCAAAGCUGUUCAGGAUAAUGGCCAGCGCGCCAAGCAAAGGCUGGGCGAGCGCUUCGAUUCCCUCUACGCAGCUCUGGAGGAACGAAAGGGUGCCCUCUUGGAGCGUAUUGGCAAAGAGCAGGACGAGAAGGUAGCAGCCUUGAGGGGGCUGGCCAGGCGUUACGGAGACCGGCUACAGGCGGGCACGGAGCUCACUGAUACCGCGGUGCAUGCCCUCGAACAGAGCAGCGCCGCUGAGUUUCUGCAGUCGUCCAGGGGCCUCAUCGCACAGACAAAGGACGCAGCCAAGAGUUCGCUGGCCGAGGAGAGACCCGAGCCUGGUUUUGAGAGAAUGGACCAUUUUACCCUGUCCACGGAACACGUAGAGACACUGUUGUCCAAAAUGGACUUCGGAGCCGACGAUGAUGAAGAAUACGAAGAUGCAGAGGAGGAAGAAGAGGAGUGAGCUGGAGCUGUACGGUAGUUAGUGAGUUAGCGCCUUAUAGGGCCUGAAGGGGGAACGUUGGAGAUGAAGAACUUUGAAGGACGAGUAAUGGACGUUUUCUGAGGGCUUUUACGAUGUGGUGCUGCUAAGCAGUCUGAGCGCUGAUAGUUACGCCCCCGUGGUGUGGAGGUUAUUCAGAGUGUAUCGGUGCCGUUUUUAUACUUUUGUAUUUUUUAGCUUGUUUGUGGAUUUUUAGGUGUUGAAUAUAUUCUGACUGUUUAUUUUGAAUCUGUAUGUUCAGUUCUUUGCACAAAUAAAUGGAACACCUGUCCGUC